AGCACCUCGAAGCUCUUCAUGGGCUUCAAGAAGCUGGGGCUGCGUGGGCCCAAGAAAGGGCAGUUCAAGAACACGUCCCGCUUCUUCUGGGGGCUGCAGAAGCACAGCACCAAGGGGCGGCGGAAGAAGAAGAACAAGGCGGUGCUCAAGUCCACAUCCAACCUGAUGGUUCGCUUCAAGCGCGUGGGCAAGAAGAGGAAGGAGGCAGCCAGCGAUGCCCCACUGGCGAAGCCAUCCUUCCUGCUGCUGCGGCGGGGCGGGCAGGCGGCCGAGGACGGCGUGUCCCUCUUCCGCCGGCGCCCGGAAAGGAAAUUCAAGCCGCGGGCGCAGGUGCUGAGCAAGGCGGCUGCCACCACGGGCUGGCUGGCCAGGAAGGUGCUGUCCCGGCGCGGACGGCUGGUGGGGGGUGGCCGGGCAGCCGAUGCAGCCUGGCUUUCCCGUAUCGGUGCCAGAAAGCUGCCGUUCCCUGCAGAAGACGAGAUCCUUAGGCACCGGGCCAACAUGAAGCGGAUCCCCAGCGGCAGCGGGCUGUCAGCCCCUGGUGCUGCGCGGCACGUCCAGGAGAGACGCAGCAGCACAGUGCAGCGUCCAUCCCGGCGGCGUUCCCGGCACGCGCCUGCGGAGCCACCGGUGCCGCGCUACGGGUGGGCUGAGGAGGAGGAUGGAGCCUACAGCCGCCGGCGAGGCUGUGCCAAGGAGGAGGAUGGAGACUACAGCUCCCGCCGCAGCUAUUGCAAGAAGGAAGAUGGAGACUAUGGCCCCCGGCGUGGCUAUGCCAAGGAGGAGAGCAGAGCCUAUGGCCCCCAGCAUGGCUACGCUGAGGAGGAUGGAGCCUACAGCCCCUGGCGUGGCUACACUGAGGAGGAGGAUGGAGCCUACGGCCCCCAGCAUGGCUACACCGAGGAGGAGGAAGGCUACAUCCAAACCCCAGCCUAUCCACCAGGGUACGGCUUUGAGGAUGCAGUGCUGACCCCCUACGCUGACUACCCCGGCUACGAGGCAGAUGAGGAGUACGGCUUCUACAGGGGGGUUUGGGAGGAGGAUGACCCCCUGGGGCACCCCUACAGCUAUGCGGAGCUCGAGGAUGAGGGACCGUUUGGCAGUGGGUACCCCGUCACCCUUUACGACCCUUACAGCAGUGACCCAGAGUAUGGCGAGGAGGUGGCGGGGCCCUUCGGCUACAGGGAGGACCCCUAUGAGGACUUUGGGGAGCCCCUCACUGGGGGGUACCCUGGGGGUGAAUACCCCGAGCAUCGCAUCCAGUACAGCGAGGGGGAGUGGGCACCGCAUGCCCAGUCCUCCUGCAACCCCUACGCUCUGGCCCUGGAGGAGAUCGCUGAGGCCGAGGAGCCCGAGGAGUGGGAAGAAGAGGAGGAGGAAGACAAGGAGUAUCCCCUCUCCAUCCUCAGUGCCUCCUCCCUCCGGGGCAUGCGGGAGACGCUCUCCUCCAAGCUCUCCCUCAAUAGGAAAUUCAGGCUCUUCCCCAGGCCCCAGGUCAAGAUCUUUGGCAAGGACCGCCUGGAUGUCCCCCUCCUUCCAUCUCCCCACCUGCCUGCCGCCCACGAUGAGGAUGACUACGAUGAGUACGAGCCACCGCCAGCAGCCCCCAGCCCCACGGCACCCUCAGGCCGCUGGGUUUCAGCAGCGCGGGCGUGCGGGAGCCCUCUGGGGCAGUUCCUCCAGCGCUCCCUCUCGCAGUCGCCCAGCCGCCUGCCACGGGGUGCGGGGGCACUCCGGGACCCCCGCGCCCCCCAGCCCUCCUACAAGCGCUCUGCCCGCAGGCUGGCGGGAAUGGAGAGCGCUGGCUUGGGGGGCCGGGAUCCCCUGCCACGAGCAUCUCUAGCUGGUGGCAUGGCCGCGCAGCGGCUGUCGCUCCGUAACCCCUUUGCCAACCCUGGGCGCUCCCCAUCGCUGCCGCCAGCCCGGCAGCGCCCCAGCAGUGUGCGGGGCGAGGGGCUGCGGCGAUCCCCCUCCCUCGGUACCAGCCUCAGGCAGCUUGGCCCCGAGCCCCCUACCCCGCCGCCAGCCUCCCCCCGCUCCCCGGGACCCGUGGGGAGGCGUUUGGGGGUGCCGGCGGCGGGGUCGGGGAGGCCUCUGUCAUCGCGGCGGAGCAGUCCCCCCGGGCUGCCGCUCCCCCAGGCCUGGCCCCGGCUCCCUGAGCCCCCCACCAAGGCUGUGAAGCCGCUGCAGAGGAGUCCCUUCCUGGCACCCAGCCCCCGGCCCGGCAGCCGCCGCCUCAGCCCCCCAGGCCUCUCCUGGGACCAGGACCUGCCCCCCUGGCAGGGUGCUGCAGGGGUCGUGCCAGGGUGCCGCCCCCCCCCCAGCCCCGCUCCUAGCACCCCUAAAAGCUUCAUCCAGCGCAUUGGGCAGCCCCUUGCUGGGAUGGCCCCCCGCUCCCCCCCGGUGAGGCCAUCUGCUGCUGAAGCGGGGGGCCACAGCCGCCCCGUGGGGCAGUCCUUGGCAUCACUGCUGGUGGAGAGCAUGGCCCCUGCUGAAAGCCCUGCGUCCCCCCCACCUGCCCGCCGACCUUCCUCCCACUCGCCCUCCCUGCCCCGGCACCCGUCCCAGAGGAAUGGCAGCUCUGGCAGAUCACCAAGCCCACCGCUGGGGCGCCAGGGCUGGGCUGACACUGGGCGUUCCACCCUCCCCUCCAUCCCGUGCAGUGACCGGAGCCCCUCACCCCAGCGUCGCCCCACUUUCCUAGCACCCCGUGGCCAAGCCCCUGGCUCGCCGGCCACCCACCGCCACGGUGCCCGCGGCCUGGGGCCAGCGGAGGCCAUCGAGGGCGAUGGGGCAGCCAGGGAGGAGGGCGCGGGGCGCUACGCGGUGGUGACGCCGCAGGUGCAGAGGUUGGGCUCCUUCCGCCGGGCGUCCCGCAUGUACAAGCAGCACUGGUCCACGCAGCACGUCGUGCGGGUGCGGGAGAUGCCGGACGCCUGGACGGCUGAGCAGGGUUCCCCCCGGCAGCCCUCCCAGCGCAGCCGGCGGUGGGCGAGCCAGCGGGGAGCCGGCAUCACCCGGUACCUGAGCCAGGCGGCGGGCGGCUGGCGGGACAGGCACCCCUGGGCAGACGGGUACCUGGGCACCAAGCAGCCCUGGCACAGCAAGAUGCAGUCGCUGUGCAGCCUGCCCAUCGUGCGGUACCAGGAGGCACAGGAGGAGGAUGGGCUGGAGGACAUGACCCAGCUGGAGGACCUCCAGGAGGCCGCGGUGCUGAGCAACAUCCGGACGCGGUUCGAGCGCCAGCUCAUCUAUACCUACAUCGGCAGCAUCCUGGUGUCAGUGAACCCGUACCGUCUCUACAACAUCUACGGGACGGAGCAGGUGCUGCAGUACGAAGGCAGAGCCCUGGGCGAGAACCCGCCGCACCUCUUUGCCAUCGCGAACGUCGCCUACUCCAAAGUGAUGGAUGCCAAACACAACCAGUGUAUCGUCAUCAGUGGGGAGAGCGGCUCAGGGAAGACUGAAGCCACCAAGCUGAUCCUGCGUUACCUGGCGGCUGUCAGCCAGAAACGCAGCACAGCCCCACAGAUAGAGAUCCUGGAGGCGACCCCCUUGCUGGAAUCCUUCGGCAAUGCCAAAACCGUGAGGAACAACAAUUCCAGCAGGUUUGGGAAAUUUGUGGAAAUCUUUCUGGAGGAUGGCUUGAUAUGCGGUGCCAUAACCUCGCAGUACCUGCUGGAGAAGUCCCGUGUGGUCUUCCAGGCCAAGAGCGAGCGCAACUACCACAUCUUCUACGAGAUGCUGGCAGGGCUGCCCGCCCAGCAGCGGCAGCGGUACUGCCUGCAGGGCGCCGAGACCUACUACUACCUUAACCAGGGUGGGAACUGUGAGAUCCCCGGCAAGGACGACGCGGAAGAUUUCCGUCGGCUGCUCAACACCAUGGAGGUGCUGAGCUUCAGCGUGGAGGAGCAGAACAGCAUCUUCUGCAUCCUCUCAUCUGUCCUUCACCUGGGCAAUGUCUACUUUGAAAAAUACGAGACCGACUGCCAGGAGAUCGCCACAGUGGUGAGCGCCACAGAGAUUGGGACAGUAGCUGAGCUGCUGCAGGUCUCCCCUGAGGGCCUGCAGAAAGCUAUCACUUUCAAGGUGACGGAAACGCUGCGGGAGAAGAUUUUUACCCCUCUGACUGUGGAAAGUGCCGUGGAUGCCAGGGAUGCCAUUGCCAAGACCCUCUAUGCCCUGCUCUUCGGCUGGCUCACAGACCGCAUCAACAAGCUGGUGUACCCACGUCAGGAGGCCCUCUCCAUCGCCAUCCUGGACAUCUACGGCUUCGAGGACCUCAACUUCAACAGCUUUGAGCAACUGUGCAUCAAUUAUGCCAAUGAGUACCUGCAGUUCUUCUUCAACAAGAUCGUCUUCCAGGAGGAGCAGGAGGAAUAUAUCCGGGAGCAGAUCGAGUGGAAGGAGAUCCCUUUCAGCGACAACCAGCCCUGCAUCGACCUCAUCUCCCAGAAGCCCUACGGCAUCCUCCGGAUCCUCGAUGACCAGAGCUGCUUCCCCCAGGCCACCGACCACACAUUCCUCCAGAAGUGUCACUACCACCAUGGGAUGAACCCGCUGUACACCAAGCCGAAGAUGCCACUGCCUGAGUUCACCAUCAAGCACUACGCAGGGAAGGUGACCUACCAGGUUCACAAGUUUUUGGAUAAAAACUAUGACCAGGUCCGUCAGGACGUGCUGGACCUGUUCAUCAGCAGCAGGACCAAGGUGGUGGCCAACCUCUUCUUCGGCCAUGCCCAGGUGUUAGCCCGGCAGAGGAGCCUGGUCAGGAGGAGCAGCACCAGGACGCGGCGGUACAAGGCCCCCACCGUGGCUGCUCGGUUCCAGCAGUCACUCCUGGACCUGGUAGAAAAGAUGGAGAGGUGUAACCCCUUCUUCGUGCGCUGUCUCAAACCCAACAACAAGAAGGAGCCAGGGCUCUUUGAGGCAGACGUGGUCAGCAGCCAGCUGCGGUACUCGGGUAUCCUGGAGACCAUCCGCAUCCGCAAAGAGGGCUUCCCCAUACGCAUCCCUUUCCUCGUCUUCAUCGACAGGUACCGCUGCCUCGUUGAUAUGUGGUCCAGCGUUAUUCCCAAUGGGGCCAACUGCGUGGAGAUGCUGAGGAACCUUUGCCCCGUCAGCCCUAGCAUGUACUAUGUUGGUGUCACCAAGCUCUUCCUGAAGGAGCAGCUGUACCAGGCGCUGGAGAGCAAGCGAGCCCGUGCCCAUCACCUGGCCGCACUCACACUCCAGCGCUACGCUCGCACCUUCUUCAUCAAGAGACGCUUUCGCUCCCUCCGCCGAAAGAUCAUCCUCCUGCAGAGCCGGGCACGAGGCUACCUGGCCAGGCGGCGGUACCGGCGCAUGCGGCGCACGCUCAUCAAGUUCAGGUCGCUGGUGCACAUCUAUGUCAACCGCCGGCGGUACCUCAAGAGGAAGGAGGAUGCCCGCCGGCGGGCAGAGGAGGAGAAGGAGAGGAUGAAGCAGGAGCUGACGAGGAGGGAGGUGGUGGAUGUCACCCACCUGGAGAUCCCAGCCGAGCUGAUGGGGCUGCUGGAAGCCGCUGCAGCUGCCCGGGAGGUGAAUGCCGGCUGUGUGGUCCUGGUGCCACCACCGGCGCUGCAGCCCGACUCCCAGCUCACCCUGCCACUCGACAUCAACGACUACCCCAUGGCCAAGUACGUGCGGGGCCACUUCCAGGAACCGGCGUUCGGGAUGCUGACGGCCCCACUGGCAGCCCCCCUCACCCGGCUGGACGAGGAGCUGCGCCACGAGGCGCUUAGCCUUUUCCAACUGAUCCUGCGGUUCAUGGGGGACCCGGGGCUGGGCGGCCCACAGGAGACCCUCUUCGGCAACUACAUCGUGCAGAAGGGGCUGUCGGUGCCGGGGCUGCGGGACGAGCUCCUGGCACAAGCCGCCAACCAGGUCUGGCGGAACACCAACGUCAACAAUGAGGAGCGGGGCUGGCUGCUGCUGGCCGCCUGCCUCAGCGCCUUCCCCCCGUCCGCCACCUUCGAGAAGUACCUCCUCAAGUUCGUCUCCGACUACGCCUUUGCUGGCUACAAGCCAGUGUGCCAGCGCAAGCUGAUGCACGCCAUGGCACAGUCGCAGCUGGGUGCUGCGGCUGCCCGUGCCUUCCCCCCCUCACUGCUGGAGUGGACGGCGAACCGGCAGCAAGCCAGCAUGGCACUCGACCUCCACUGCUUCAACGGUGACCAGUUCUCCUGCCCCAUCCACUCCUGGAGCACGGGCGAAGACCUGGCAGGGCAUGUCCUGAAGCACAGGGGGCUGACAGAAGGCUGGCGUGGCUGGUCCGUGGCCAUGAAGGCGGGUGCCCAGUGGGCCGAGCUGGCCGGCCACGACUAUGUCCUGGACCUCAUCUCUGACCUUGAGCUGCUCCGGGGCUUCCCCAAACAGAAGUCCUGCUUUCUCAUCGCAUGGGAGGGGGCCGAGAGCCACGGCGGGGACAGCUGGGCGGUGCUGGGACACAGCCUGGACUUGGAUGAUGUGCCUCCUCCCCCAGCUGUGAAAGCCCCCACGCUGCCAUCCACGGAAGCAUACCAGCCCCAUGACGGGGAAUUUGGGGAGCCACGCAGCCAGAAGGGUCUGGACCGGUAUCUGGACAGCCUCUUCGACCCCGUGCUCUCCUGCGGCAAUGGGGAGCUGGAGAAGCCGGCUGCCCUCUCACAGAGGAUGAAGGGAAGAGGUGGCGUGGGAGGUGGGGACAGCAGUGGUGAUGCCAAGCGGAGCGGACCCCCUGUGCCUGUGGAGAUGCGUCAGCCGAGGGCCCCGGAGCCAGCCCCAUCCCCGCAGCGCCGGGUAGAUGCCAACCAGCUGCCUGGGCCCUCGGGAAGAGCAGCGGAGGGGACGCCAGCCCGUGCCCCCCAGCCCCGGCCCUACUUGCAGAAAGCUGUGCCGGUGGGCCGACAGUGGCCGGGUGAGUUGGUGCAGCAUUCCCGGCUCAACUCUGAGCACUUCCCACGGCCCACGCAUGACAUCCGCAACAUCAUCCGGCAGUGCCAGCCAGCCCCGCGUGGAUCCCAGCCCCCCAGCAAGCUCUUUGGGAAGAAGCUGGACCCCCAUGAGGAAGCCAUGCAGAUCCUGAAGGAGCAGCUCUCUGCAGCCCGGGUCCCGGCAGCUGUGGGGCCCAAGGAGCCGGUGGCUGCGGUGAAGCCGGUCACCAGCGGCAGGUACCAGCUGCGAGCACCAACAGGGCGUCUGGCAGCCACUCGGCCCCCAGUCUCUGUCUCGCGGGAGCUCCCAUCUGAGGCACAGCAGGUCCAGACCCAGCUGCACCGCAGCUGCAGCGAGGACUUCUACACCUACCACAAUGUGCCCUGGAAAAUAUACAUCCGCAAGGAGGUUUUCUACCCCAAGGACAACUUUAACAACCCAUUGCUGCUCGACCUCAUCUUCCGGCAGAUCUUCAAUGACACACUCUCCGGCACCUGCAUCCGCAUCAGCCAGGAGGAACGGCUCCGCUUGAAAGCCCUCUUUGCGGAAAACAAACUGGACUCCUUCAGCCCCGUGGCCACUGAGAGCGUCAAGAGGGAGAUCAUCGCUGCAGCCCGGGACAGCUGUGAGGUGUAUUUCUCACGCCUCUUCCCCGCCACGGGCAGCGUGGGGACAGGCGUGCAGAUCCUGGCUGUGUCCCACGCUGGCAUCAAGCUGCUGCGGCUGGUGAAGGGCACCAAUGUCCCUGGGGAGCAGCUGCGGGUGCUGCGGGUGUACAGCUAUGCCGACGUGCUGUUCGUGACCACCCCGUCCAGGAACAUGCUGGAGCUGAACCUGCGCAGCGAGAAGCUCAUCCUCUUCUCCCCCAAAGCCCCCCAGGUCAAGGCCAUGGUUGACCACUUCAUCACGGAGCUCAGGAAGGACUCCCAGUACGUGGUGGCCGUGAGGAACUACAGCCCGGAGGACGGGCGCCAGCUCAGCUUCCACAAAGGGGACAUCAUCCACCUGCAGCCACUGGAGCACCCAGAGAGAGACCACUACUAUGGCUGUGUGGUCCGCAAGAAGGUGAUGUACCUGGAGGAGCUGAAGACAGGCACCCAGGAUUUUGGGUGGAAGUUCGGAGCCAUCCAUGGCAGGUCAGGGCUCUUCCCUACUGAGUAUGUCCAGCCCGUCGCGGCCCCUGACUUCGUCCAUUUGCCGGUGGAGAGGAAAGAGGAGCCCAGGGACAAGCAGGGCAAAGUGGCAGCUUCGGCGGCCGUGGCCGUGGCUGUGGCUUCCACCGCCGUGGCCCAGGAGCUGGACCGGAAAACCGAGGCAUCCCAGGCCAGCACCGCCUUCGUGGAGGGUCCAGGGGGAGAUGGGGGCGAGCAGCUCAGGGAUGCCGCAGGGACCCGGCCCAUGCUGGCUUUUGCCCGGCAGUAUUUCCGCGUGGCACAGCACGGGACCACGGACUUGGGCGAGAUGAAGGCCAGGAGAGACGUGCCAGGUGUGCUGGAGAUGCUGACAUUCACCAAGAUCCCCAUCCAGGAGUCGCUCAUUGAAUUUGUGGAUGGUGGCAUCAACAAACUGGCCACCGAGGCUUUCCAAGCCGUGAUGAAGUUUAUGGGUGACCACCCUCUGCGGGGACAGACGGAGCUGGAUGCUGUCUGCACCAUCCUCAAGUUGUGUGCAGAGCACGAGGUCCUGCGGGAUGAGGCGUACUGCCAGAUCAUCAAGCAGAUCACCAACAACACCAGCUCCAAGCCGGACAGCUGCCAGAAGGGCUGGAGGCUGCUCUACAUCCUCGCUGCCUACUACAAGUGCUCCGAGGUGUUCAGGCCCUUCCUCUUGGCCUUCCUGCAGGAUGCCAGCAAGCACCCAGAGCUGCCUUUCCAUGGCAUCGCCAAAGCCUGUGAGCAAAACCUGCGGAAAACCCUGCAGUUCGGUGGCCGCAGCAUCUUCCCCAGCAGCAUGGAGCUCAGGGCCAUGGUGGCUGGACGCAGUGCCAAGCGCCAGCUCUUCCUCCUGCCCGGUGGCAUCGAGAGGCACCUCAAGAUCAAGACGUGCUCGGUGGCUCUGGACGUGAUCGAGGAGCUGUGCUAUGAGAUGGGGCUGCAGCACCCCGAGGCUUUUGAUGAGUACAUCCUCUUUGUGGUGACCGACAGAGGGCAGAGCGUGCGGCCACUGACCCGCCGGGAGUACGUCCUGGAUGUGGCCGCCGAGACGGAGCGCCGGGAUGCCACCUACACCUUCUGGUGCCGCCGGGUGGUCUGGAGCCAACCCCUCAAGUUUGACAAUGAGCUCUACGUCACCGUCCACUACAACCAGGUGCUCCCCGACUACCUCAAGGGGCUGUUCACUGUCCUGCCGCCUGCGAGGCCGGGAGAGCAGCACUUCCCGCACGUGGCCAAGCUGGCUGCCCUCCAGCACCGCGCCAAGGACCACCACCAGCUCCCCACUGCGCGGGAGGUGCAGGACUACGUCCCCCCGCAGCUCUUCCGCCUGCUGAAGGCCCAAUCCUGGCUCCAAAUGGUGACCCAGCACAUGCAGCAAGCCCAGGCGCUCAGCACCCAUCAGGCCAGGGCACAGUUCCUGGGGCUGCUGAGCGCCUACCCCAUGUUUGGCUCGUCCUUCUUCUACAUCCAGAGCUGCAGCAACAACGCCAUCGUCUCACCCUGCAUCCUGGCCGUCAACCAGAACGGCCUCCACUUCCUCAGCAAGGAGACCCAUGAGCCCAUCGCCAAGUUCUCGCUGAAGGAGAUCCAGUCGACGCGGACGCAGCGGCCGACAGCCGGAUCCAGCUACCCCUACGUGGAGAUCACGCUGGGUGACCUGCUGGCCCAGGGCAUCACCCAGCUGCAGCUGGAGCAGGGCCUGGAGCUGUGCCGCGUAGUGGCCGCGCACAUGGAGAUGCUGCUGGGUGCCCGGGAGAAGAGGCUGACGCUGCCGCCCAGCGAGAUCACCCUGCUCUGAGCCUGCCGCGGGGCACGGCGAUGGCGGCCAUCCUGGGGUGGCCCCAGCUGGGCCGGUGGCUGCCGUCCCCCGUCCCCUCGGCGCUGCUCACCCCCGCGCUGUUGUUCUUGGCUUUUAUACACCCAUCAGCCCAGCCCGGGGCGGCCUUGGUGGUUCUGUGCUGUGCUUGCUGCUGGGGGGGGGCUGCUGUCCGCUGUGCCUCAGUGUCCCCGUGCCUCAGUGUCCCUGUGUCCCCAGACCUCGGUGUAUCUCUGUCCCUGCACCUCAGGGUCCCCAUGACUGUGUCCCUAUGUCACCAUACCUCAGUGUCCCCAUGCCUCAGUGUCCCUGUGUCCCCAGACCUCAGUGUCUGUGUCCCUGCGCCUCAGUGUCCCCAUGACUGUGUCCCUAUGUCACCAUGACUCAGUGUCCCCAUGUCCCUAUGCCUCAAUGUUCCUAUGUCACCAUACCUCAGUGUCCCCGUGUCCCCAUGCCUCAGUGUCCCCAUGUUCCUGCGCCUCAGUUUCUCCCUGCCUCAGUGUCCCUAAGUCCCUGUGUCCCCGUGCCUCAGUGUCCCCGUGCCCCAGCCCCUGCAGUGCCCCGUCUCCCCGCCCGGGGUCUCGGUACCGGCGGCGAUUCCCAACCAGUUGUGCUGCACCUCCCGCCCGCCAGGGGGCGCUGGCGCCCCGCCUCCGCGCUCCCGCCGGCACCUCAGCGGCCACCCCGACCCCUCGCCGCCCCCCGCCCCUCCCGUUAGGCCCCCGCGCCGACCAAUCAGCCGCCGUCUCGUGCCGCUCGCGCUCGCCCCUUCGGCCAAUGAGCGCCGCGCCGGGAGGCGGGGC